ACUGCGCGCUCACACGUCGGUGCAAUUUUCUACUGGAAUCUCUAGAUCUUUUUAUUCUGUUAUAUUUUAAAAAAUAGUGCUGAUAUUAAACAUAUUAUCACCGGUUUAAAUUUUAAUUCCUCCGUGCAUCUUGCAACCAGUACACCUGCACCGAUAGACCUACUGGCUCGUACAUAAAUCGUUAUCAUUUGUGUUACAUACACGUCAUAUACGAGAAGAACAGAAUGGCACUAAUCAGCGAGCCUGCAUCAGUGAAAUGUCAGAUCUACCAGCAUACCGAACCAUUCCACUUCUUCCACAACAACGCCGUCUUACCCCAUCUGCAAGUCGCGUACGAAACCUGGGGCGAACUCAAUCCCAACCGCUUCAACGCUUUACUGCUCUUCAGCGGUGUCUCGCUUAGUUCCCACGCCCGCAGUAACCCCACGAACCCGGCACCGGGAUGGUGGCAGGAAUUUGUCGGACCAGACAGUAUCAUCGACACCAACAAGUACUUUGUGGUGUGUGCUAACCAUCUCGGCAGCUGCUUCGGCUCCACCGGUCCGUCUAGCGUCGACCCAGCCUCCGGGCAACCGUAUGCGACGAGCUUCCCGGUGUUGAGUAUCAGCGAUCUGGUGCGCAUCCAGUUCCAUCUGCUGGAUCAUCUGGGGAUCAAGAAACUGUAUGCGUUUGUGGGGGCGUCGUUGGGGGGAAUGUGCGCGCAGGCGGGUGCGCUGUUUGCUGACCGCAUGGACCGGCUGAUUAGUAUAUCUGCGUGCCGGGAAUCAUCGCCCACGAGUAUCGCUUGUAAUCAUACACAGCGGAAGGCGGUGAUGCUGGAUCCGAACUGGAAGGAUGGAUGUUAUUAUGGGGGACCGCUUCCUGUCAGCGGCAUGCAAUUAGCCCGCGAGAUCGCCACCAUUAGCUAUCGCAGCGGACCAGAAUGGCGGCAGCGUUUCGGCCGCAAGACCAUCGAAGACGUCACCAUCGGUCUGCACCCAACCUUCAUGGUGGAACAAUACCUGGAGCACCAGGGUCGCAAGAGCGCCGGAAUCUUAGAUCCAAAUACGCUGUUAUACCUGUCAAAAGCUAUGGAUUUGUUCGGGUUGACUAAGGACGAGAUGGCACGCAUUACGGUACCUGUCCUGAUCGUCGGGAUAACUAGUGAUGCACUGUUUCCCGUCUGGCAGCAACGGGAAGUGGCGCAUGAGCUCCUGGAGAACGGGACGCCGACCACGUACUUUGAACUGCCGUCCCUGUACGGGCAUGACACGUCGCUGUUUGAUAAAUUCGGUGUGGGUGCGGCCAUGAAGGGAUUUCUGGAAACCACACCCACCACAGAGCCGCAGCGGAAUACAAUAUCGUUGCAUCAUUAUUAGCCAGUUACACAAACAUCAAUUUUACGAAAUUCAUGAUUAUUCUGUAUGUCUGUAAUUUACAAGUAAGGGAGUACGUGAAUACUGACAGUACGUACAUCCAAGUGUUACAAUUUUGUAGUCGCGAUAGGUUUGCUUGCAAAAUGAUGUUGCCUCCUUUAUUUAAGAAGGCAAUAACGAUACUUUAACUGAGCCAGAACAAGGGGAGUGUACAGAUAUAUUUACAUCAUUUGCAUUGCAUACAUUAUUAGCCCGUACGAACGUUAUCCUAAUUUUGUUCUUUGUAGAAGAUUCGCUACAUAUUGUUAUACCUUACUCAGUACUCUUAUGUUGCGCGAAAGGCUGGCCAUC